CAAAACCCAUAUGCUCAGUCACUAAACCCCAUUUCCAAAAACCCAACUGCCUCUCACUCACACUCUCAAUAAUGGCAGCCCUCAAGCUUCUUCUCUCCCAAGCUCGCCGCCAUUGCCUUUCCAAACCCUCAUUCCCCCACCGGUCCCUCUGUUCUUCCUCCUCCUCCUCCUCUUCAAAUCCUAACCUUAACUCCGAAUCUCCAGCUAAACCCUCGCAAACCGUACCCAUCCAACCAGUCUCCUACACCGUAAAACCCAAAGACCCCUCCACUCCCGAACAAUCCCCAACGCCAUCACCGCCACCACCAUUCCCGCCUCGUCAACAACCUCGCAACCCGCAGCAGCAAGAAACGCCGUCGUUAUGGACCCGCGAGGACGUCCGGUACGUCAAGGACGUGCCGAACAUAUCCCCAGUCUCGUACCCCUCGCGCGUGGCUCCACUUCCCGAGGAUAAGAUCUCAGCCGAUGGAGAAGGAGCGAAUAAUGAGCAGAGAUUGGAGAGCAACGAAGAGAUGAAGAGGGAGAGAAGGAGAAUCGAAGCGGAAGGAAUAAUGAGGAGAAGGGUUUUUAGGGUUUCAGAGGAAGAGAACGUGGCUGUCCCCUUUCCAAUGCUCAUCAAGAAGAAGGAGAGCAAGGAAAAGCCUGCUCCUCUUGAUUUGGUGGAGGCUAUUCGACUUGUCAAGGCUAGUGCCACAAAGAAUUUCGAUGAAACUAUUGAAGCACAUGUAAGAUUGGCUAUUAAGAAAGAGCGAACUGAUCAGAUAGUACAUGGUAGUUUGAUUCUGCCUCAUGGUGUUGCAAAGGUUGUCAGGGUGGCUUUCUUUGCUGAAGGGGCAGAUGCAGAUGAAGCUAGAGCUGCAGGAGCUGAUAUUGUUGGUGGUGUUGAACUUAUUGAGGAAAUUGCAAGUAGUAAUAAGUUUAAUGUCGACAAGUGUUUCGCAACGCCUCAAUUGGUGCUGCGUCUGAAUAAGAUAGCAAGUUUUCUCAAAGAACGGCAUCUAUUGCCAGACCGUAAAUCUGGUACUGUGACUAGUGAUGUUUCUGGGGCAAUAAAGGCAGCAAGGCUUGGUCGUAUUCAUUUUAAAAUGGACAAAACAUCAAUCGUGCAUGUGGGACUUGGGAAGGCAAGUUUUGCAGAAGAGUCUUUACGUGAAAAUAUUGGUGCAUUUAUGAAUGCUCUCUUGAUUGCAAAACCUGCAAGCUUAAAAAAGGCUUCGAAGUAUGCUGGAUAUGUGAACUCCUUCCAUAUAUGCAGCACUAUGGGUCCGGGAUUCCCUAUUUCAAUACAGUCAUUAUCCAAAGCUGCAGACCAUUUCCACAAAGUCAACAUUAACUGAUCGAGUGAUGGUACCAGCAUCCGUUAAAGUUUUUCCCUUUCACAAAGUGAGGUUUCCCUCCCUCUCUUACAGAGCAAGGUUUUUACAUAAAAUUAUGUAAGAAUAGUUUAUUGUUGGCUAGGAAUACUAGUACUUUUUUUUCCUUGGGUGUAAUCUGCUGGUUAUUUGACCAAUUUUAGAUAUGGUUUUGGGCAGUAUCAUUAGAAUUAUUCAAUUUUGUGAUUAUAGUUAUCAUUAUCAUUCUUCAA